AUGUCCGACGAACCAUCGCUGGAAGCCACAGAUAUGUCGUCAGACCUUUCAACUAUAGAACUACCGAAAACCCAAUCGCAGGUAUCAAAAGAAGAUGCUCAAGUACAACUUUUACAACAGUUACAAGAACAAUUGAAACUACAACAGGAGCUCCUUAGCUAUCAACAUGAAAUCUUGCAACAGCAACAGCAACAGCAACAGCAACAACAACUACAAUCCCCGGCAUACCCCAGCAACGCACAACCUCCACCACCAUAUCAGCAAAACACCCAUUGGAGCUUUACUCAGGGUUUAGUUGUGGGCCAGUUGAGUGUCGUUUUCAUUGUCAUUAUAUUUAUUAAAUUUUUUGUAUUUGCUGAUUCGUCAACCACACCGACAAAGACGGUUAUACGUGAUGCAUCCGGCGUUAUAGUGAGACGAGAUAAGAAGCAAAAUAACAACAGACGCAAGUCGUACCUAAACCCCGAAGAAGCCGAUGCGUCAGCUGAAGAUGAGCGAUUGUUGAGUAACCGAGCCAAAGUUUCGGCAAUAUUGGAAAAGACAUAUUAUGACGUUCACAAUCAUGCUCCGGAAUCACUCGACUGGUUUAAUGUUCUUAUAGCUCAGACCAUAUCUCACUUUAGAACAGAGGCAUUGCUAGCUGACAAUAUCUACCAUUCACUAAGUGACUUUCUCGAUACUGCUGAACUACCUGAGUUUAUGGAUAAAAUCAGCUUAACUGAAAUAGAUAUCGGUGAUGACUUUCCAAUUUUUUCCAAUUGUCGUAUAAAGCAAAGCAGUGAAGACACGGGUAGAUUGGAAGCCAAGAUUGAUGUUGAUUUGUCGGAUACGUUGACCUUGGGGGUCGACACCAAACUUUUGUUGAAUCAUCCACGCCCAUUAACAGCAGUCUUGCCGGUAUCUCUAGCCGUGUCGUUGGUCAGAUUUUCUGGGUGCUUGACCGUCUCUUUGAUCAAUACUAAUGAUCAAGAAUUUGCUGAUCUGAAGAAUCUUGAAGACAAUAAGAGCGAAGCACUGAGCUCUACUUCUAAACACAGUAAAGAGAGCAGUGGUGGAGUCCAACAACAGAACCAGCAGAAAAGCAAAGAUAUCAAUAAAGAGAGUGGCAAUGACAAUGGCACCGCUUUGAUGUUUUCAUUUUCUCCUGAUUAUCGAUUAGAAUUUGUCGUCAAGUCUUUAAUUGGAUCAAGGGCCAAAUUGCAAGACGUGCCGAAAAUCUCUGCACUAGUUGAGAAUCGGUUACGCUCUUGGUUUAUUGAACGGUGCGUUGAACCCAGGUUUCAAGUUGUUCGAUUACCCUCAAUGUGGCCAAGAACUAAAAAUACAAGAGAGCCAGUAAAGACCAAAGAAGGUGACGAAAACUAA